AUGGCAAAAGCAAGAUUACAAGAGGGAAAUGCCUAUUAUCACGGUGAACAUCAGUGUCAAGCUCAGUAUGGAAGCGGUACGAAAAAGGGACAGGCAUGCUGCAACAAAGCAUACCAUCAAAUUGGCAGCGGCGAGUUACGUUGCGGUACCCACUCUAACAAGUCCCAUCGCACUGAUUUGCCCAAGAAUCCCAAUGCAGCUGCCAUUAAAGAGCAAUUGUGUAAGCACCGCCAGAAACUGUGUGAGACUGUAGCGGCCAAGAACCAGGCCCAACAGAAAAAAGGGCACGUUCGUUGUGACAAACUGCGCAGAAUGAAAGCCCCGCCCCACAUUGACGGCUACCUCAAAGUCUUCCCCAACUUUUUGCAUGACAAUAGGAAGGACGGAUUUGGAUGUAAGUCUUUGUCCCCUAUGUUCUUGGGGCCAAUCGUCCAUCGCCAACCUGGCCUGCCGCCUUCGAAAAACUUGGAAAACUUUCAUCAGGGAUCCAAGGUGUUCAAAUGCGAAUUGUUACCGGAUGGUACAAUAGGCCCAAAGUUUUAUCAGAAUCAAAGAGCCAGCUUUGAAGACGAGACCCCGCACCGGCACAAGCAGAACAUUCCCAAGUUAUUUCACGGUACUCGCAACAAAUGUCAUGGCUGGGUCUGGAAGCGGUCGAAUGGGAAAGAAGUAGUACUGAAGUACAUUGCCUGUCGCCAAUUCUAUUGCCAUUUCUAUGAGCACUUGGCAAGUCAGCAGGAAAAUUACCAAAAGCUGUGCUCGUUGCGUGACAAGGGAUACAAUCUCUUGAUUUUGGGGUACGAUGGCAAGGAUACCGAUGCCACACCGAACAACAACCGAGUCGUGGCAGAGAAACUCGAAGAGGCAUACUUGGACCCAUCGAGCCCCUUUGGACACGAAAUGGUUUUAUUGACAUUACUAACGGUCGAUGAUCCUGCAAAGUAUCCUUGGAGAAUUCACAAGAGUGAAGAGUUUUGUGUUGAAGACGAAGAAACGACGAAACAAGCAGCCUCAUCCUGA